UUGAGCCCUUCCUACAGCUCUGCAUACACAAAGAGGAGAGGGAUAGCAGCCUGUCGUCCUACCACUCAGCCAUGAGUAGUAUCGGGUAUGACCCAUACUACUCCACCUCGUCAUAUAGACGCUGGUACACUGAGGCUCCCUCUCGUGUGAUGGUGACCAGAGGGAGGACCCACUCUGUCUAUCCCUCUCACACUUCCCCAUUUUCCUCCUCCCGUGUGCAGUACUCCUCUCCCAGCCGGUUGCUGUUAUCCUCCUCCUCACCAGCCUCUUCCCUGGAGUUGGAGCUCAGCCAGGCGGCACAUAUCAGCUCUGAAUUUCGUACCAUACGCACCGAAGAGCGCAGCCAGCUGCAGGACCUUAAUGACCGCUUUGCUGGCUUCAUUGAGAGAGUGCAUGAGCUGGAGCAGCAGAACCGUGCCUUGGAGGCAGAGCUGCUGCUACUGAGGCAGAGGCACACUGAGCCGUCCCGCCUGAGAGCACUGUAUGAGCAAGAGGCCCGGUCCCUGAGAGCAGCUGUAGAUGAGGCCAGGGCAGAACAACAGGCUAUCCUGGGCCAGAGAGAGCGACUGGAGCAAACCCUGAGUGCCUUGCAGGGUAGAUAUGAGGAAGAAGUGCUGGCCCGUGAAGAGGCUGAGGGCAGGUUGAUGGAUGCAAGACGUGAGGCUGACCAGGCUGCCUUAGCUAAGACCGAGCUGGAGAAGAGUGUUGAAACUCUGCUGGAGGAGCUGGCCUUCCUCAAGAGGAUUCAUGAAGGUGAAGUAUCUGAGCUUCAGGCCCAAGUCCAGCUAGGUGUCCAGGUGGCUGUGGAGUCUGAGGCUGCCACUCCAGACCUCUCAGGUGCUCUAAGGGACAUCCGGUCCCAGUAUGAGAGGCUGGCAGCAAGAAACAUGCAGGCAGCAGAGGAGUGGUUCAAAGGAAAGGUAGGCUCCCUGACUGAAACUGUGGCCCAGCACAGCAAUGCUAUAAGAAGCUCCAAAGAUGAAGCAGGAGAGUAUCGACGCCAGCUCCAGGCUUGCCUGCUGGAGAUUGACGCAUCUAGAGGCCUCAAUGAAUCCCUGGUGAAACAGCUGCAUGAGAUAGAGGAAAAGCAGAGUGCUGAGAUAGCUGCUAUGCAGGACACAAUUGAAGAGUUGGAGAGUGAGCUGAGAGGCACCAAACAGGAAAUGGCACGAUACCUGAAGGAAUACCAGGACCUUCUAAAUGUCAAGAUGGCUCUGGACAUUGAGAUUGCUGCAUAUAGGAAGCUGCUAGAAGGGGAGGAGUCUCGCUUCAGUGUAGGAAUGGCUGGUGGAGUUUCCUCUUUGUACGGCCACACUUUGUCAGCUCCCUCCUUCGGCCGGCCCAUUCUCACUAGCGUGAGCUCUGGCACCUCCUACCUAAUGACAUCUCGCCUGCUCAGCUCCAGUGUGAGCACCACUGAGGGGAUUAUCUCUGCCGGCCACGCCCAGCAAGCAGCAGCCAGUCCACCCGGGGAGGAGGAGGAGGAGGAGGCAGAAGAGGAGGUAAAGGAAGAAGAGGAGGAGGUGAAGGAAGAAGAGGGAGGAGAAGAAACAGAGGAGACAAAGGAGAAGCAGGAGGAGGAAGAGGGAGAAGAGGAGGAGGGAGAUAAGGAGAAAGAAGAUGAAGAUGCAGCCAAAGAAGAAGAUGAAGAGGCUAAGGAGGAAGAAAAGGGUGGUGAUGAGGCAGAGCCAAAGGAAGAGGUGACAGAGGCCACUGAAGAUGAAGAGGAGCAAGAGGACAAAGGAGACAAAACUGAAGCCAAAGAAGAGGCUCAGGAGGAGGAAGAAACAAAAGGAGCUGAUGACAAAGAUGAGGGUGCAAAGAAGGAAGAGGAGAAGGGAGAAGCAAAAAAAAGCGAUGAGAAAAAAGAUAAAGCUGAUGACAAGAAAGAAGACAAAGCUGCUCCAAAACAAGAUGACAAAGCUGAUGCCAAAAAGGAGAAAGAUGAAGAAAAAGCUGAGGAGGCACAAGAAAAGAGCACAAAAGAUAAGAAGUAAGCCAAUAGCCUCCGCAAACCUCUGUCCAGACUGUCCACAUACAAACAGCUCAGUAACCAGUAGAGGCAAAAGCGCUUUCCUCUCAAAUCUGCUUGGUAACAUGGUGCUCAAUAAAACACUCCAAAAGCCAUUUACAGCAACAAAAGUCAAGAUUAACCGCUCACCAAUAUCCAUUGCAGUCCAUAAAGUCUGGUUGCACAAUUCCUAAUGAGAGUAGCACACCAUGUGUAAAUGCUGAAUGCAAAAGUGAAUGUGUGACCUUUUGGUGUUUAAAUAAACACUUCUUAAA